AUGGCGAGCCAACUGAUGGGUGAUGUCCUUCAUCAACUGAUUCGGAGAGCCGCGGAUUCUGAUGACCCCGACGAUGAUGCCCCCGAGGCCGGAAAGAAGGAGUUCUUUAGCUCCUGGGCUCUCUUCAUCAUGAUCAUGUUGUUGAUGUUCGCCCUGUUUACGAGUUAUAUACUCCAGCAGAAGAAGAUCCAAGCGGUCCACGAAACGGUCUUGUCGAUUUUUGCUGGUAUGUUUGUUGGGUUGAUUAUACGGCUGAGUCCCGAGUCGCCCAUCCAGGACAGCGUCACCUUCGACUAUCAGUUCUUUUUCAACCUCCUCCUUCCUCCGAUCAUUCUGGCCUCGGGCUACGAACUACAUCAGGCGAACUUUUUCCGGAACAUCGGGACAAUCCUCACGUUUGCGUUUGCGGGGACGUUCAUCUCCGCCAUCGUCCUGGGUUUGGUGCUGUACCUGUGGACCCGGAUUCCGUUGGAUGGUCUGAAUAUGUCCUUCGUCGACGCGAUCUCUGUCGGUGCUACGCUGUCUGCGACAGACCCGGUGACCAUUCUCGCUAUCUUCAACCUCUAUAAAGUUGAGCCCAAGCUGUACACGGUCAUCUUCGGCGAGUCGAUCUUGAACGAUGCCAUCGCCAUUGUUCUUUUCGAGACCGCGCAGAAGUAUGCUGGAAGCGAUGCAGGAUCACUGACGGUUAUCAACCUCUUUGAGGCUAUCGGGCUCUUCUUGCUUGUCUUCUUUGGAAGUAUGGUCGUGGGCAUGAUCGUUGGGAUCAUGACCGCGCUGGGGCUGAAAUACACGCAUGUUCGCCGCAUGCCUAAAAUCGAGAGCUGCUUGAUUAUCUUGAUCGCGUACGCCAGUUAUUUCUUUUCCAACGGCGUGCAUCUAUCUGGUAUCGUCUCGCUUCUGUUUUGUGGCAUCACCAUGAAGCAUUACGCUUAUUAUAACAUGUCGCGGCGGACGCAGUUGACCACCAAAUACCUCUUCCAAGUCAUGGCGCAGCUGUCGGAGAACUUUAUCUUCAUCUACCUUGGUCUGGAUCUGUUCGUGGAAACCAAUCUGGAAUUCAAGCCUCUGUUCAUUCUCGUCUCGGUCUUUGGCAUUUGUCUCGCCCGUUAUCUUGCUGUCUUCCCAUUAUCUAAAGCGAUCAACUGGUUUAUCCGGUACCGAGCACGCCGACGCGGCAUGGAAGUCGCAGACGAGCUGCCUUUCGCCUAUCAGGCCAUGCUGUUCUGGGCUGGCCUGCGCGGAGCCGUUGGAGUGGCGCUGGCCGCGGGUCUCACGGGACCGACCGCGCCGGCCUUACGUGCCACAGUUUUGGUUGUCGUCGUGUUGACCGUCAUCAUCUUUGGCGGCACGACCGCCCGCAUGCUGGAAAUUUUGGGCAUCCGCACCGGUGUUGUCGAGGAGAUUGAAUCCGACGAUGAGUUCGAUAUAGAAGUUACUCACGGAGGCACUUAUUACAAGCGCUCCGAUACUGGCUUGGGGUACACGCCCCGUCGCACAGAUUCGACUAUUCCGUUGGACGGCCUUCAACGAGCUGGUCUCGGUGACAGAGCCGAUAGCUAUUCUAGCGGCAACAACCGUCGUCCCAGCCCGCCGCCUCAGUCGACACGCGGUCAUUCGCGCAUGUAUUCGCACGCAUACAGUUCCAAAGAUGCGCGCGACCGGACUUCGACGGCUACGCUACUCGGGGCCACACCUGGCAGCCACAGCGAUAGCAGUGCCGCGAGUGAGGAUGAAUUCGGCCUAAGAGUCAAUGGGCGAGGCCGAGAGACAGCGGAGUCAGAUCAGAUCGAUGCUUUCGACUUGGAUGUGGAUGAAGGUGCCUCUGACGAUGACCUUCCCCCAUCUGCGCCGACUGCGGCUUCGAGAAAGCGGCGGUCACCAUCGCAAGCACAGAACCUGAGAACCGCACAGCCCGCUGCAGGAAGUGAAGCCACCUCGGCCAGAAGAGAAACAGGAUUAAGUGCGAGGGAAGCACUUCGCGACCUCUUUUCGGGUGGGCCGUCCGGGGACCAUGCCGCCUGGUUCCGUCAACUGGACGAGGAUUUCAUCAAGCCUCGACUGCUUCUCGACCAGUCGAACCACAAAGGACCUGGUGCGGUCUAA